CUACGACCCCGGCUAGGAGGGGGGAAUGGGGGAUGGGGGAUGGGGGCAUGUAUACAUAUAUAUACCAGCCCAAGCACACACCCGACACACACAACCAGACCAAUCCUUCGAGAUGAAGCUUACGCCGUUCCUGCUGGUGCUCCUGCUGGGGGUGUCCGCCGUCCUCGCCAGCCCCGCCCCUCACAAGUUUAAGAAGGGCGGCUUUGGCGGAGGCGGCUUUGCCUACGCUCCUGUGAAAGUGAUUCCGGUCCACUACCCGGUCUACGGCGGCUACGGCGGCUACGGCGGCGGCUACGGCGGCGGCUACGGCGGCGGCUUUGGCGGCGGCUACGGUGGCGGCUUUGGCGGCGGCUACGGAGGCGGCUUUGGUGGCGGUUACGGCGGUGGUUUCGGCCAUGGCGGCUUCGGCGGUGGCGGCUUGUACGGUGGCGGUCACUAUGGAGGGUAUGGCUAUGGAAAGUAGAUUGGCCAAGAUUCUAUGGGCACUGAGUGCCCGCGCUGGACCCAUAGACACUCGCCAGAGUUCCAUCCAUUGUCACUCAUCUUAAGUUUCACCUUAUGGUAGGAGUCAUUAUCAUGUGGGCUGUCUCGUCAAUAUAAAUAUGAAAGACUA